GUCGCGCGCGCGAUGAUUCAAAUUACAAAAAGCGCGAAAAAGGAAACCUUCUUUUUUUUUUUUCAUCAAUGCUAUUUGAAAGUUUAUUGAAUGAACUUGGCUGUCAACUUGAACCUGUUGUUGAAUUUCAGGUUGAGCGAGUGCUUUUUCGUAGAAAUCUUGCAAUAAAACUACGCAAUCAGUCAGACUUGCUUGAUGAAUUCUUACAGGACAUGCAGACUUACACUGAAGAUCCAGCAGUACUUAGAAAAUGCUUGCUUCCUUCUACUACAGCAAAUCAUGUAUCAAGAACCAGCCGCACAACUAAUUCAGAAAGUUUAUUCAAGACGUUAUUAGCUGUUGAUUCCAUUCAGAGUGAACUGAUCACAUACUUGUUGGAGAGAUUACCUGAGUUUUAUGACGAAUUAGAGAAUGACAACUCCAGUUCUUGUACUGCCAGGUUGAUAUUAAAUCAAUUGAGAUGGCUGGAUUAUAUCGCACAACCUGAAGCAUUAACAGAGAAAUUGAUCGAAAUUAUACAGAUCACACCUUCCGUUGUUCAGCAUGAAAUCAUCACAUCCUUACCAGAUAUCAUCAAUGACUCAGAACAUAAGCCUAUUGUUGUCUAUCUGAAGGAAUUGAUGAAUGAGAAUUCGGAAUUGACAGUUCCUAUAUUGGACGCACUAUCCAAUUUGACACUUCAUUCCGAAAGCUUGGAUGAUGUUAAAGAAACAGUACUUGACAGGCUCGAAUCUGCAGAACUAGACGAUAUUGCGGUUAUACUCAAAUUCAUGCUUCAAACAGUAACACCCAACACAGUUGAUAUGGUCAUCUUGGGCAUUCGACAAAAGUUGGACUUUAGAACAUUAGGAAAGAUCCAGCAGGAGAGUUCACAGAGACGGACAAAGCAGAGCCUCAGCCAACGACCGAAUGUGAAGGAUACCCCAGAAGCUCUCAUUUUGGAAUCUAUCAAGCUUGGUUUACAAUUUCACAAGUUUGUAUGCGAAUCUUGGUUUCGAACAAUUAUGGCGCUUGAAACAGCGCGUGCCCAUAAGAUCAUUGAUGUUCUCAUACUUUUUAUCUUGUACUCUAUGCCUUCCAUGAAGAAAAAAGCUGAAUCAGCCAUAAAAAAGAAGAUUGUCCAAGGACUGAUUACGGCACCCUUGUUGGAAGAAACAAUCAUGUACCAUUCAAGUGGAUUAGCCAGCUAUUGGAACGCGAUUCUAUCCUUGUCUGAAAGUUUAUUAAGAUCAUGCCAGCAAAACGGCAUAAUCUCUCCAUGCGCAAGCACGCUCUAUAUAAGCUCUUUUAAAGUAUGCGAUUCAUAUUACCGACAGGAAAUCAUCGGUUCCCUUGUCACUCAUAUCGGUAGUGGCGUUGAGGCGGAAAUGAGCAUUGCACUGAACGUUCUGUUGCACCUGGCAAAAUCAGAUGUUUCAAGUGUCACUGUCUAUAGUGUUUUCAUCAAGGGCAUCUUAGAUUAUUUAGACAACCUAAGCUUGUAUCAAAUCCGUAUAUUGUUUGACGUAUUCAGUUUAGUCGCCUUGACAAGCAACAAUACUGCUGAUGGUUCUGGAAAUUUGUGGGCAGAUAUUCAAAUUGUCAUUAGAAAGCAGUUAUCAAAUCCUAGAGAAAAGUAUAAAAACAUUGGUAUCAUUGCCAGUCUAUCAGCAGUACGUAUCUUGGGCUCUCGUGAGAGAUGUAGCGAGAUACAAAGUCAACAAGGAGGAUCAAGCUCUCAGUCAGGCAAGCUAUCAGCUACAAGACACCCACUUCUUCGACAGUCCAUAAAUAUAUUAGAUAGCCUCAUGCGAAAUUGCAAUGGAUACCCAACAUGUAUAUCUUUAUGUUAUGAUGAGCUGGCUCAUAUAUUUAGCGAAGGCGAAUUGGAUGAGAGAUUAGAAGAAUGGAUCAAAGUCAACCUGACCUCAGAUUUUACGGAAUAUUACCUUUCUACCGUUGAAGACACUUUACAAUAUAUCGGUGACAUCAAAAAAGUGUCAACAAAUAGAUUAUUACCAUCACUUCAGAUGAAUGCUGAUGAAGAGGAUGGUGUUGAUAUUGUUGUAAAGUUUUAUGAAUUGAUAGCAAGAAAGGACACGAAAUCCAAAAAGAGCCUCGUUGUGCCCAUGUGCUCAACGUUUAAUCUGAUGCAAAUCUGUGAAAAACAGCUGAAUAAUGGUAGUCUGGAAGGAAUCAAUGCUCUUUCGGGAUGUAGUAUACUCCUAUUUGAAUCUGACGAUCUAGAUGAACUCUCUCCUGAGGAACUCUUUGAUGCUUGUGAUAUACUAUUUUAUACAAUCAACUGGUUUAGGGAAGUUUUGAAUUCAUUUGUUGAAGCCAAAGAUGAAGAUCUCUCUCAGACAUUGAUUGCUCGACUCCGACACAUGCUCGAACUUGAAUCGAGGCUUAAUAACUGUCUGAAGUAUGCACCCACAUAUGUUCCCUUGGAAUUUCACAACACACUUUCCAUAUCACCAAAAAACGAAUCUUCUCGGUCAUCGCAGAUUAUAAGUAAUACACAAGCAAAUGAGUCUCAGCAGACAGAGAACUUUUCAAGGACAAAUAUCAAAAAAGAAACCAGACCAUCCAACAUCAGUUUUGGUUCUAUUUCAGAGCUACGACCAUAUAUGAGAGCAUUCAAUUUAUCUGUGUUUGAGAUCUUUAAGCAUAAUACUAACCAAAUUAGAAUGACAUAUGCAGAGACAAGUUAUAUGCUAGAAGACCUCAACAACAAGUUGGAUAUCAAGAUAGUCCCUGCCCCUGUGUCUACGUUUGGUAGGAAAAAGGUUACAAGCGAAAGCAAGUAUCCUUCAAGCAAUAGUUUACUAUUAGCAAGGAUUGACGAGCAUCAGUUUAUGAAAAAGGUAGUCCCAUCCUUGCCAUACAUAUUGCAAACAUUAGAAGACUUGUAUGCGGACAUACAACAGCAGGGCAUUGAUUCUGGAAGAAUUAGAGGGGCUGAAGAGAUCGCUAAAGCAAUUUCUCUCAUCUUGAACGUUAUUUUUAAAAUGCUAUCUUGGUCUUAUAUCCAAAGUUCAGGCAACAAGGGCAUUUUAGAGACAAUCAUACAAGCAUUAGCAGAAAGAAUUUCUGGUGAAUCCAAGCAAAAGGGAUCUUCUCCUGAGGUGCAACUUCGACAAGCAUUUCAAUAUUUAUGUCAUUAUGGAGCAAAUAUGCCUCAGUCUACUACCGCUGUUUUACUGUUUAAAAUAUUGCUGCGUAUUAUGGAACUCUCUGAUAAUCCUUUGAGCUUAAAGCAAGGUGCCUUAAGUGUUGUUAACCAAAUAGUCUCAACCUCAUGGUUUGAUUGGCGUGAGAUCAAGAAAGAAAUAGAGUUUUUGAUUGAAAAGACAAUUGAAUUGGAUGAUGAUCCUCUUCAAGUGCUUCAUAAUCUAGUGAAUGAUGUUUUACCAAGAUAUGAAGAUCAAGGACCAUUGGAGGAUCACCCACUGCUUAAAUCUGAUACUGUUGUUCAAUAUUACCAGGCUAUUAUCAGUCAAAUAGUCAAUUCAUUUGAGCUGUUCAAGGGCACUGAUCAAGAGCCUGAGAUUGUUUUAGUUCAAAAUGGCCGUAUUGUCAAGAUCUUUGAACGCAUUACACACUAUGUCAAAGUGAAAGAGCAUCGUCUGUUAAUUGGUGUCUUGUUAAAGACAGGCAAGCUCUUUAUCGAUCAAUUCACAAAACAUUCGAUACCUUAUUUCACAGAGAUAUUUAAAGCUCACAAGACUAGUAUUCUAGCUAUUUUUAAGGAUUUACAAGCAAGCACUCGUGUGUUACAGAUUAUAUGCUCUCACGUCAAAGUUCUUAAAGAUGUCUCACUUUCUGCUUAUGUGCCUCCUUUGAAAAGAUCGCUUGAAAACAUCAUUUACCAGGUUAAAAUGCUAGUAACCAGAAAUGGUAUCCCAGCACCAGCUUUUUUCAUGGGUGCAUUGAAACAUCGUGAUAUCACAGGUGCAGAAAUCUCGUCUCAGGUAAGAGUCUAUCAUGUGUUGAUUAUAGAUAACAAAUAGUGUCUUUUUGUAGAUUCCUCGAGAGGAGGAUUAUGAUGAAAUUGAAAACAGCGGGAGCAUUGCUUCUGAAUCAGAAGAUGCUGCAGAUUCCAUAGAUAACGAAAGCAUGAGUGAUGUUCAAAGUGGAAAUAGUGAAGCUGUCCAACGCAAAGCGAAUAAACGAAAGAGGAUACCAUCUAAACCUGCAUCUAGAAAGAAACAAAAGCCACCAAGCUCAGGUUCUGCUCAGAUUUAUCGUACAAGCAGUCAGAUUCCUUCUGACGAAGACGAAGACGAAGAAGAAGAAAAGAUUAUUUCAAAUUUUGCGAAUGUAAUUGCUAGUGAAGAUGAAGAAGAGGAAAAAGAAGCAGAGGAAGCAGAGGAAGCAGAAGAUAAAGUCUUGGAAUUUGAUUUGAAUUCGGCAAAUACAGAAGAAGAAGAAGAAGAAGAAG